GAAGAAUUGGAGAGAUGUUAGGGAACUUGAAGAGUGAAGAGCAGGAUGAUUUGUGGAGUUUAGUCUCACCAAACGACAAGCGGAAGUCCUUGCUUGAAGACUUUGAAGCCAGCACUGAAGAGAGCACUAAGGAACUGGCCAGCUUUGAAGUCCACAGCAACUAUUGGAUUUUAUGGGGAAUUUUAGGAGGAAUAACAGCUGGGAUUGGCAGCCUCUUCGUAGGCAAAGCAUCUACAGAGGGAUUUCAUGCCAGAAGCAUGAUCUCUAUUGGCAACUUGAUUGCAGGCAUAGGUUAUUUUAGCGUUAAAACAGCCUACCAGAGGCUUAAUGGAGAAGGACAAGAGGAUGAUGUCAUUGAAAUUCGUGAGUACAGAACUCAUAAGGGGCUUAAAAUAGCAAUCAUCUUUGUAGACGCCCUUGUAAGCAUCGGAGGAGGGUUCUUAGUGGUACUUACCUUUGAAUAUGCCUUCUAUGCAGGAAUCAACCAAGGAAUCAUCUCAACGCUGUUUUCCUUUACUUCUGUGUUCUUAUCAAUUUUUGGUUGGUUGUUAUUUGAUGAAAGGAUCAACUCAGUACAAAUAAUUGGGAUGAUUUCAAUGACUACAUCAGCCAUUCUUUAUGGUUUUAGUGGAAGUGGCCACACUCAAUCAAAUGGUUCAGCAGUUUCAUCGAUCUUGCCAAUACUUUUUGGAUUGAUAAGCACUAUAUACUUUACAGGGCGUUCAUUGGCUCUCAAAGCGUUCUGAGUUCGGUACCAAUAUUCUGCUCUAGAUUUCAUGUCAAUUUCGUACAUAAUCUGAGGCUCAAUUCUAUUGAUUCCAUUUCUAACCCAUGUUAUAAAUUAUGGUGUCGAAAUGAGUCUUUUGAAGGAUUGAAUCAUUGGUGGUAUCCUACAAGAAACGUCAAUGAUAAUGAUGUAUUACUCAAUCUCAACAGGAUACUCAGGACCAGCUGCUGCUCUCUCAAGUAUACAGGCUCCUUUACAGACAGCUUUGGCUGCUAUUUUCCUUUUUCAGGUCCCAAGUCCAUUGCAGGUAUCUGGAUUGAUUCUGGCAAUGAUAGGGUCCAUUCUGAUUUCAACUAGUACUCAAAUUAUGGGUUUACUUAAUCUUUCUAAAUAGGUGUCGAUCACCACUAUUUUCA